AUGAAUUUAAUUUCAACCGAAGAAGUUGCAAAACAUAAUAAACGUGAAGAUUGUUGGGUAAUCAUACAUAGCAAAGUGUAUGAUUUAACUAAUUUUUUGUCCGAUCACCCUGGUGGUAUUAAAGUUAUUCUUGAUCAAGCUGGUAAAGAUGCAACCGAAGUAUUUGAGCCAAUCCAUCCUCCUGAUAUAAUUGAUCAAUAUCUAAAACCUGAAUCAUAUGUUGGAAUCAUUGAUCCAUCAAAUCUUGAAAAAACCUUCAAUCAAAACUCAGAAAUGGAUAAGAGGCGUGAAUUGGCAAUUCAAAAUAAACCUCAUCUAAGUGAAAUGUUGAACCUAUUUGACUUUGAGGCUGUUGCUCAACAAGUUUUGAAACCUGAGUCAUGGAUUUAUUUCAGUUCAGGUGCCAAUGAUGAAAUUAGGUGA